AUGGAGCUCAAACUCCUAGCCCUCACCCUCCUUUCUCUCUCCUCUCUCCUCCCCCUAGCUAGCCCGAAACCCACGCCCGACAUCGCCUCGUGGUGCAACCAAACCCCAUACCCCGAGCCAUGCAACACCAACUCGAGCAUCCACGAGACGUACGGCUAUGGGUUCCCGGCGUGGGUUCCGCCGCGAGACAGGCGGAGGCUACUGCAGGCGGGGGUGAGGCCGAACGUGGUGGUGGCGCAGGACGGGUCGGGAAACUACAGGACGAUCCGGGAUGCUUUGGAUGCAGCAAGGAGGAGCGGGAGCGGCCGGUUUGUGAUCCACGUGAGGAGAGGGGUUUAUAGGGAGAAUUUGGAGAUUGGGAAUAGUUUGAGGAACAUCAUGUUGGUUGGUGAUGGGAUGAGGGAUACCGUUAUUACGGGUAGCAGGAGUGUCGGAGGAGGCUACACCACUUUCCGUUCGGCCACCGUUGCCGUGACCGGGUCGGGUUUCAUCGCCCGCGGCAUCACCUUCCGCAACACAGCCGGCCCACAGAACCACCAGGCGGUGGCCCUGCGGUCCGGGUCCGACCUCUCAGUCUUCUACCGUUGCGCGUUCGAGGGAUAUCAAGACACACUCUAUGUCCACUCCCAGCGCCAGUUCUACAAGGAGUGCUACAUUUACGGCACGGUCGACUUCAUCUUCGGCAAUGCGGCCGCCGUCCUCCAAAACUGCAUGAUCCUCCCCCGCCGCCCUAUGAACGGCCAGCAGAUCGCCAUCACUGCCCAGGGCCGAACCGACCCCAACCAAAACACCGGCAUCUCCAUCCACAACUCCCGGGUUGUGCCCGCUGCCGACCUGGCCCCAGUGGUGGGGUCGGUGCGGGUCUACCUGGGUCGACCCUGGAAGGAGUACUCGAGGACCGUGUUCAUGCAGACGUACCUCGGCUCGUUUAUUAACCCGGCUGGAUGGCUCGAGUGGAAUGGGAAUUUUGCGCUCAACACAUUGUAUUAUGGGGAGUAUAGGAACACCGGCCCGGGUUCGGGCACGGCCCGUAGGGUACGGUGGAGGGGGUACCGGGUCAUCACGAGCUCGGCGGAGGCAGUGAGGUUUACGGUGGGGAGCUUUAUUGUUGGGCGGUCGUGGCUGCCGGCUACCGACGUGCCCUUCACGGCGGGACUUUGA